GCCCGUCGUCGUAGAAGAACCCAUCCGCCGUGGUUGAGGUGCACACUGAUCUUGCUCGGGAGCUUGGUGGAGGUUCUCGUUUUCUCCAUCAAAUUUACACCUUUUUUCCAUCUAAUUUUCAAUAGCUUUCACUAUUUAUCCAUAUUCAUUCCUUUAUUUUCGGCGGUGGCGACCACUCGUCUGUGCAUCUAGGGUUUUUUCUUCGAAUUAGGGUUUCCCGUUAAUCUGUGCAGCCAUGUCUGUGACGGCGGGCGUCAGCGACACGGUAAUCGCAAUCAGGGACAAGCUGAGGGGAAAAAUCGGGCAGACGAAGGUAAAGCGUUACUGGCCCGGAAAGGCGCCCGAGUGGGCGGACGACAAUGACGAAGCUGGCGACAUCCGCACGUCGGGCCUCGAGAAGGCCUUCCCCAGACACGAAGGCCCCGACGCCGGCGUUGUCCGUAAGGACGACCCCAGGCUGCGCCGCCUGGCGCAGAGCAGGGCCGAGAACCGAGACGAGGUCCGGGAGGACCACCGGCGGAUCCGGCAGGCGGAAAUCGUGUCAACGGCGGAGGAGGAGACCCAGCGGCUGGAUGGCAUGGACAUAGAGGAGGAGGAGGAGGAUGUCCUAGAGGAGCGGAGGCGGAGGAUCCGGGAGAAGCUCCUCCAGCAGAGGCAGCAGGAGGAGGCGGAGCUCUCGCCGGAGGAGGAAGAGGAGGUCGAAGAGGAAGAGGAGGAGGAGGAAUCCGAGUACGAGACAGACUCCGAUGAGGAAAUGCCCGGCAUAGCCAUGGUGAAGCCUGUUUUCGUCCCGAAAUCAGAGAGGGACACCAUAGCCGAGCGAGAGCGGCUCAAGGCCGAGGAGAAGGCGCUGGAGGAGGCCGUGCAGAAGAGGCUGGAAGAGAGAAGGAAGGAGACCAAAGAGAUUGUCGUGGAGAAGAUCAAAGAGGAUCUCGAGAUCCAGAAGAAUCUUGAGCUGGAAGCUAAUGUUUCCGAUGUGGACACGGAUGACGAUGUGAAUGAGGCUGAUGAGUACGAAGCCUGGAAGGCCCGGGAGAUUGCUAGGAUCAAGAGGGACAGAGAGGAUCGGGAGGCCAUGCUUAAGGAGAAGGAGGAAAUAGAUAAGGUGAGGAACAUGACUGAGGAGGAGAGGAGGGAAUGGGAGAGGAAGAACCCGAAACCCAGCAAGCAGACCAAACAGAAGUGGAAGUUCAUGCAGAAGUACUACCACAAAGGUGCCUUCUUCCAGACGAACCCAGACGAUCACGCGGGGACUGCUGGUGCUGACGGCAUCUACACGCGCGACUUCUCGGCCCCAACUGGUGAGGAUAAUAUGGAUAAGUCGAUUUUGCCCAAGGUUAUGCAGGUGAAGCACUUUGGCCGGAGUGGAAGGACGAAGUGGACUCAUCUUGUCGAGGAGGACACGACCGAUUGGAAUAAUCCAUGGACCUACAAUGAUCCUCUUCGUGAUAAGUACAAUAAGAAGAUGGCUGGGAUGGAUGCACCCAUAGCAAGACCUAAAGGGAGCAAAAAGUUGAAAGAUUGGGAAUCACGUUAAACGUCAUAUGGUGUGAAGAUGGAUGUAUACCAAAAAGAGAACCAACUACUCUGCAGGAGAAGACAGGGAGUUGAUCGUGCAAGCUGAUCUAUGCAUAUCAUGUGUAUCAAUAACUUACAAGUCCUAAUCUCCAUGCUCUUUGAAGGCUGUAUGUUCUGUAUUAAUGACGUCUCGUCUGAACUGGUUUAGAGUCGAUCUUUUGAUGGAUGGCCCUGAUAUAUGUUUUUCUGCUGUUUUAUGCAUUUGUAUUCUAUGUUCGGCAGUUUGAUUUACUUGUUUUUUUUCAACUGUGUUACAUGAUAUCUCGAAUUAUAAAGGAAUGAUGAUAUUGGCCUAAAGGACAAUGGUGGCUGCAGCAUAGCUUUAUUGUUCUUGAAAUGUUAUUGGUUUUAUAUUAUUUACCAGUAAUAUUUUGCGUGGUGCAUUUUGGUUGGUUGGUUGGUUGGUACAGGGGUUGUGUUUGGGUGGUGCCGAGUGUCGGAUCAUGGGCUGUUGUCCGGGGUGAUCCGUUUGGAAGGAAGGUUACCUUGUUGCUUCGGCCAAGAUAGUCAUAGCCUGCUGAGUUAAGGAGUUUGGAGUUUCUAAAUUCGGGUACAAGCUUUGAUUUUGUCUUUCAUGGGGUUAUCUUCGGCUGUUGUUUUUUCUAAGGUGGUCAGGUUUUCGAGGUCAGUAUUGAGGAGGGCUUUAUUGUAGCGAAUAUGUGUGUGUUGGGUUUUUUGUGUUUCACUUUUAGUUUAUUGUAUUUCAGAUGCGUUCGGUUU